AAAAAAAGUUACGUUAAUAAGAGGACAAUAAGUCAGUUUGUAAAACCUGAAAAGAUACCACCAGAUAUUGAAGAUGAGAUACUUGAAGCAUUUACAAACUAUUCAUUAGAAGACGAUAUGAGAGUAGCGAACUUGAAGAGCUAUUAUAGUGACUUGAAAAUACCCAAACUUUUCAUAGUAGGGAACAAGAGAAUUGAUGCAAGACAUAUGAUAAUUGAAGGUACAGAUAUAAUAGAUUUUGACAAGCUAUUGGUGAAAUCAUUUCAACUUAUAAUAUUCAGAAACAAUAAGCACAUUAUACAGCAAAACUGGGAUUUGCUACAGAAUUCGUUGAAAGAGUUUGGUAAAACUGAAAAGUCAAAUGGCUUGAAUUACAAGAAUCUAAAGAAUAUCAGUGAAGAUGUGAAAACUGGUAUAAGUGAUCCGAUCUUACUAGAUAUGGUGGCAGUAGCAACAGAUGGUGAAGGUGUGGAUGUGAAUUUUAUUGAUUUUGCCUAUAUCAUGGGGAAGUUAGGGGAAUUAUCUAUUUGA